UGGAGAGCGCGGUGGAGCGUGGUCCGUGCGAUCUCCCAUAGGCUGGCUUAAGUCUCACUGGUUGUACUCAAGGUGAACAGGGUGCAAAUAACCCAUUCUUGUCAUCUGGCCUUCAUUCUCAACUGUUAAUUCUCACAUGAUUCCACUCUUUAGUCGUAGAAGAUUUGCCGGCAAAAGGCUCUGAGCGGCCACCAUGAUCAAACGGUCGGGGUACUUGCUUGUCCUGGUCUUUGUCCACCUAGUGUUCGGCGUGUCCUGGCUGACACUGCUCAAGGUCAGCCUGGCCAUCGUGCUCGUGUUCUACAUCACGCUGCCGCUGGUCUACCACUUCUUCCCGACGGUGCCGCGCCACCUGGUGUUCCUGCCGUUCUUGCGAUGGCCCCGGGGCGCGAGCUUCACCCAGCCAGAGCUCUCCGGCCUGGCGGCCGCGCGCAACUUCUACGUCACCACCACGGACGGGGUGCGGCUGGGCGUCUGGUGA